AUGGCCACGGACUCGGCCGGCCCAGGCACCUCGUGGUCCAAGAUGAGCGUCGGAUUGACCGUCCUCCAAGCCAUGGCGUCGUCCUGCACGAUGGCCAUGAUCCUCAGCUCCGUGCCGUCCGUCUACCGAAUCCACAAGAACCACGGCACCGGUGUCGUGGCGCUCUUCCCGCUCGUCGGCCUCUGGCUCAGCUGCCACCUCGUGACUUUAUACGGCUGGGCCACGGGCUCGUACUUCCCUCUCUUGGCCAUCUACUCCUUCGGCGAGCUGACCUCCAUCGUCUACGUGAGCGUCUUCUUCCGAUGGACCAAGGCGCGCUCCUACGCCAUCAAGACCAUCGCCGCCAACAUCGUCAUCAUCGUGCUGCUAACGACCUACGCCGUGCUCGGCAUGACGGGCGUGACUGGCCAGACGACCGACCAAGUGGGCGAUACGGUGGGCUACAUGAUGACUGUGGGCUGUUUGCUGCCGUACGUCGCACCACUUGAGACCAUCAAGACGGUGGUCAAGACGCGCUCGGGCGCGUCCAUUCCGCUGGGCAUGUGCCUCGCCGGAGCCAUUUCGAACGCGCUUUGGGUGCUCGAGGGCUACCUCGACAACGACAUUUUCAUGCUCAUCCUGAGUGCGGCGUGCUCGCUCAUGGGCUUCAUCCAAGUUGCGCUGUACCUCAUCUACAGACCAGGCCGAUACCCGACGCCCGUUGGCACGCCGAUCAUCGACUGCGUUCUCCCCGUCACGGCAACGCUGACUGUCAAAAGCGACACGACCGUCGAGAGCCUGCCGUCGCCCAACUUCAUCGCUAUCUGCUCGCCAUGA